AUGGAUACUGAUGAUGAAAGUUCAUCUGACACUACUGAAAUUAAUAAACAUGUAAAACGUCGACGUACUGGAAGUACUAAUGGAAGAAGUUUUUGUUGGAAAUACUUUAAACCAUAUCCCGAAACAAUGGGAAUCGAAACAAAAUGUACGUUUCCUGGAUGUUCGACAAAAUACACUUGGCGUGGAUCAACUACAAAUCUUAAAAGACAUCUUGAAAAAAUACAUAAAAUUAUAAAAUCAUCAACUCAAGUUCAAUCAACUAAUAUCAAUUCUGGGUCUGAAAUUAAUUUACCUUUAGUUAAAUUUAUUAUUUCCUCUAAUCAAUCUUUUAAUGUUGUAAAUCAUAUGGUUUCCGCGGGAUUUUUAAAUAAACCAUAUCAAAUACCAACGACUUUAGAAAUUGAAGAUCAAAUUAAUAAAACUUAUGAUAAAUUAUUUUUAAAAUUAAAACAAAUGAUUCAAUAUGCGGAAUCCGUUUCAUUAGCAAUUCAUGUUUGGUGUAUUGAUAGUGAAAAUUUUAUAGAAAAAACUUACGUAGAAAUUACUAGUCAUUGGUUAACAAAAGAUUUUAAAAUUCAUAAAAUUCUUUUAUGUAUGAAGGAAUUUGAUAAUGAUAUCACUUUAACUGAUAGAUAUAUCGAACAAGUAAUAAAAAAAUGUGAAUUAACAGGUUCUAAAUUUAUUACCACAAACUUUGGUGUUGAGGAUGAAUUAUCCGUGUCACCAGAAUUCAAUAAUCUUGAAUAUAUUAUUAAUGCUACAGAAUUCCUAGAAUCAUUAUUAUCGACAUGCUUAGAUCAAUGUUUGAAUAUUGAAAAUCAAGACAUUCUAAAAAAAAUUGAAGAAAUCAAAAAAAUAAUUGAAGAAAUUCCUGAUAUAAUUAAAGUUUUAAAGGAAGAGGAGGCGCAAGAAGAAUUGCAAAAGUCACUUGAUGAUUCGAUUAUUUUUGAUAUUGGCAGGAUUAUAGAAGGGAAAUGGAGUUUUACUUACUUUGGAUUAAAAUAUAUUGUUUUAAUGGAAAAACAAAUUAAUAAUUUAGUUAGUAAUUGGUGUAGCGAUAGAGAUGAGAACAUUGAAAGCAUCGGAAAUGACCUUGAAGAAUUGCUACCAAAUGCUUCACAAUUCAAGUUAUUAUCUAAAUUAUCUCAAAUAUUCGAACCUUUAGAAUUAGUAGAAAAGAUUAUGAACGAUUAUGAUUAUUUAACAAUUAAUUUCAUGCAAUCGAUUCUUACCGAAUUAAUCAACAAAAUAAAAUUAAAAGCUAUUAAUAUAAGGAAUGAGCUUCGUUCUGUUGGAGAUAUUUUAGAGUCAGACACGAUUCUAGCAAUUAUAGAUUCGAUUUAUAAUUUUUUAAAUACUCCCAAUUAUUUUCAAACAUUUUUCUACGAUCGUACAGCACUAAUUGGAAAUAUGGCCUCCUUAUUAGACCCACGUUUCAAAUCAACUUAUUCUUCAGAAGUAAGUUUUUUUUUAUUUAUUUAUUUUGAAAAAUUUUUAGAAAAUUACAUGUUAAAGUCGUUGACAUUACAGGAAGCAAAGAAACUUGUGCAAGACGAAUGUGUGAAUUUUUAUUCAAAUCAAUCAACAAAUAAUAAAAAUUCAAAAAAUAAUCAUAAAUCAUCAGAAUGUUCAUCUACAUCAGUAUCAGAUUUUUUUUCAGAUCAUAGCUCCACAACUAAUAAUUCAAACUUAAUUUCGAAUUCAAACUUUACGUUUUUAAAUGAAACGAAUUCACAAAAAAAUCUUCAUGAAAAUCCUCAAGAAAAGGCGAUCAAGGACCUUGAUAGUUAUCUUGCCUUACCACAACAACAAAGUAUUGAUCCAUAUGAAUGGUGGCGAAAGUACAAAGAUUUAUUUCCCGGAUUAGCUAUUCUUGCAAGGAAAUAUUUGGCAAUACCUGCAACUUCUUAUUCGACCAAAUUAUCAAAAAAUGAACAUAAGGAAAACCUUAAAAUUAUUUCGAAUAUUUAUGUAGAUCCUGAUAUUGUAAAUAAAAUCGUUUUUUUACGUCAUAAUAAGAAUUAUCUUGAUGAAUUAUUUUGA